AUGUUCCGGCUGCUUGGGUCUUCGACUUCGCGGACGGUGAUGGGCGCGGGCCUGGCGCGGGCCGGGCUGAGCGGGGCGCGGGCGUAUGCGGCUGGCCGGCGGCGCGGUGGCGGCGGCGGACGCGGACGUGGGCGUGGUCGCGGGCGCGGGCGUGGGCGUGGUCGUGGGCGCGGUGGCGGCGGGAUGGGGCGCGGUGGCGGCGGGAUGGGGCGCGGCGGUGGCGGCGGUGGCGGCAGCGAUGUGCGGCGGAGCGGGUCGGACGUACUGCCGUAUCGGGUCAAUGACGAGGUGGAGGCGGCGGAGGUCCGGCUCAUCGACGGCGAGGGCGAGAACCGCGGAGUUGUCCCGCUGAGCGAGGCUGUGGAGGUUGCGGCUGCGGCCGGGCUGGAUCUUGUCGAAGUGGCGCCGAACGCCAAGCCGCCGGUCUGCAAGGUGGUCUCGUUUUCGGAGCUCGUGGCGGCCGAAGUCCGCAAGGCUCGCGAGGUGGCCAAGGCGGCCAAGGAGGCCAAGGCGGCGAGCUCGGGCGCCGGGCUCAAGGAGAUGCGGCUCACGUCGACGAUCGACGACCAUGAUCUGUCGACCAAGAUGCGCAAGAUGCAGGGCUUUCUGGAGAAGGGCGCGCGUCUCAAGGUGACGGUCCAGUACCGCAAGCCAGCGCGACUGUACGAUCCGGCGCCGCUGGAGGCCAAGCUGGAGGAGGUGACCGAGGCGCUGGCCGAGUUUGGCGCGCCCGACGGCUCGCUGCGGAAAGAGGGACGUAACCGGGCCAUGUACUUUGCGCCCAAGGGCUCAUCGUGAGCAAAGCAGUGUAAAGACGAUUCGUUAACACGG